GCUUCGUACGUACAAAUGUUACUCUCAAAGGAGCUAGAAAUAACGCGUUCGCGAGCAAACCCGUGUAAGCAAUUAGUUUUAAUCAAUCAGUACAAGGCAAACAUUGCCGAAUGUUACGUUACCAUUCAGUUCAACGGUAACAGCGUACCGAAUAUGCUGGCUCGUUUAAUUAUAACAAAUUUAUUUCUUCACAUUGCAUUCUGUAAAGAAUGUUAUUGGAAUUCUUGUCCUUACGUGCUUUUUGGCGGGAAAACCCUUUACGACGAUGUACGAGGUGAUAUUAGAGACAUUACGGAUUUGAAAGGAUGCGUACCGACCAGCGUUUGGAUACUCGCCAGGCAUGGGACCAGGAACCCGAGCUCCUACGAUGUCCGUCAUAUGAUGGAAACUGCUAAAUUAAAAGAAGAGAUAUUAAAUUGUUAUUAUAAAGGUCGAGGACAAAUGUGUGCUGAAGAUAUCAGUAAUCUCUACAAUUGGAAAUGGAAUGAAACUAUGAGUUCAGAACCUGAUUGUCUGGUAAAUAAAGGAUACAACGAGCUCAGGCAACUCGGAAACAGGAUCAAGGAGAAAUUCACAAAUCUUCUAGAAAACGUGAAACACUACCAAAUCAGGCCAACAAACCAACAGAGAACAAUUGAGAGUGCCAAAGCGUUUACACAGGGUCUCAAGAAUUUUACGUUCAACAUCACUGAUCCCGUAGAAAAAGACGUGAUUUUAACUCCUUAUAAAUAUUGUUCCAAAUACCUGAAAGAAGUAUGGGAUGGGACUCGAACUCAGAUGGAGAUGAACCGCUACUAUGAGACCGAAGAAUUCAAACAAUUACAGACAAACAUGAAAACUCGCACGAAUCUUACUGAACUAUCAAUAAACAAUAUAAUAAGUUUAUACGACCUGUGUAGAUUCUAUCGAGGGUACUCCGAGUCUAACAUGUCACCAUGGUGCGCCUUGUUCACGAAUGACGAAUUACCGCUGCUUGAAUACUCUAAAGACUUACAACAUUAUUACAGAAAUGGCUACGGCAAUGCAAUAAAUCCUAAACUUGGUGAAUUGGUACUAAAAGACUUAUAUCAGAGUUUCAAUAAUACUAUUCAAACUAACGAUAGGAGUUUCACUGCGUACUUCUCACACGACAGCCUGAUCGAAAUGGUUUAUAGCGCUCUGGGACUAUUCCAAGAUCAUCCACGAUUAACUGGCUCCGUAAGAGUAAAAGAUAGGAAGUGGAGGACCAGCUUGCACACGCCAUUUGCAGCUAAUAUAAUCGUUGUUCUUAAUAGAUGCAGUACAGAAACAGAAGCCCUCGUUAACCAGAAAUAUAGAGUGCAGUUCUUCAUAAACGAAAUUGAGUUCCAACUCUGUGACAACAAGACGUGCGAUUGGAAAUCCUUUGAAAACAAAUUGAAGCCCUUCCUUAAUAGCAGUUUGGAUUUCUGUGGAACUACUUAGUGAUAAAGAGGGAUAAAAGGAGAGAGAGGGGACCCUCCUUGCUGCAUUUCUCUUCUCUUUGCUGUUUCUGACAGGAUCCAUUAUUAAAUCAAAUAUAUGUAAUAGCAAAUCUUGAACUGCUUUUAAUAAUUCUUUUCGUAAACUAUAGAAUUUGCUCCCACGUUGGUGCCAUAUUUAUAUGAAUUAAAAAUUUAAUUUUACGCAGAAGUUUUUUUUAAUGUUUUAUAUGUUUUUUUUUAUACAAUUUAGAAUGGCAAACAAGCUGACGGCCCACCUAAUGGAAAGUGGUAACCGUCGCCUAAAGACAUGAGCAGUAACAUGGACGUAACA